AUGGCACUAGAGGCGGCCGAAGGGAGUCAGCCACUCCGCAUCGUCCUCCUGCAGCUGGGGAUAGAAGGACACCAUCGCCAUGAACUAAAGCCCCGCACACCCGUCAAAAACGUCGUCGAUUUGGGCGAAGGUAACCCGUCGCACAAACAUUUCGAUUCGGUGCUUCAAUAUAUGUAUGAACAAGCGUUAUGGGACCGAGGGAGAAUGAAGUUUAUUGAGUUUCACGCCAUCUGGAACAACCCAAACAAUGGCAUUGCACCCGCCUUGAUGUGUAAACCAACAAAGAGAAAAGCUGGCCGGAGAAUAGGCCUGUCCAACCCAGUUGAGGGGGGUUAUGCGGGUAUCUUCAAGUCGUUAUUUAAUCAAAACAAAACACUCCGGGCUCCGUAA